GUCUUUGGUCUUCCUGCACCGGCAUUUUCCCACAACGCACUGCUUCUGCUCUCACAAAUGACGAAAAUGGCGGACAACUCAUCUUCGGUCGAGAUCGUCGAGGGCUGUCGCCUACCCGUUCUUCGCAAAAACCAGGAACACGAAGACGAGUGGCCAUUGGCUGAGAUUCUAAGCGUGAAGGAAGUCUCUGCGAGAAAGUUAUACUAUGUUCACUACAUCGACUUCAACAAGCGGCUGGAUGAGUGGGUCACAGCAGACAGGUUGGACAUGAAAAAGCUUCAGUUUCCUAAGAAAGAAGCUAAAACACCAACCAAGAAUGGUCUGUCGGGCUCCCGUCCCAGUUCCCCAGAGAGAGAAGUGGUGCACCCACUCUCUAGAAAUGCACCUUGCAUCACAGCUAGUGACUGUCUGAACAGAUUUAUCCCUGAUAAAGACAUGCCUGAGUCGAUUCUGGAGGGGAGUGUGAGGGCAGAUACAAGCACUGAAAUGGCUAUUCAGAAGAAACAGAGGAAAAGUCUAGAUCUCAACAUACAAUCUCCCACAGCUCCUUCCAGAGGCAAAACUCUCCCCACACCGAAGAGAAAAGUAGACACUGUUCCGUUGGCGACGCAGGUUGCCCCGGCAACCCCUGUGCCAUCCCUGCCCAGCUCAACGGAGGCGUCUCAAGCAGCUGUUUUUCCCAGUGUGCGGGAGACCAACACGUUUAAGUCCCGAGAAGACCACGAGCCGCUUUCUUCACUAACAACACAGAACGGGACUGCUCGCCGCCUCAUCCCCCCCCAGCCCGGGAGGAAGAGGAAAGCCAACUGUGGGGGAGCUGACGAGAUGAUAAAGGUUUUGCAGUAUAACAAGCCUCAAAGUGCUAGUGUCUUUCUACCACCACCAGAGGAUUCCCAGGACAGUUCAGACGGAAUACCGACGGCACCGCGCAUGACCGGCAGUCUGGUGUCAGACCGCAGCCACGACGACAUCAUCACGCGCAUGAAGAAUAUCGAGUGUAUAGAACUGGGACGGCACAGACUGAAGCCCUGGUACUUCUCUCCGUACCCGCAGGAGCUCACGGCGCUGCCCAUCCUCUACCUCUGUGAAUUUUGUCUCAAGUACCUAAAAAGUCUCAAGUGUCUUCAGAGGCAUUUGACCAAAUGUCAUUUGAGACAUCCUCCAGGGAAUGAGAUCUACCGCAAAGGCACCAUCUCAUUCUUUGAGAUUGACGGCAGGAAAAACAAAAAUUAUUCCCAGAACCUGUGUUUACUUGCAAAGUGUUUCCUGGACCACAAAACGUUGUAUUACGACACAGAUCCCUUCCUAUUCUAUGUCAUGACAGAGUACGACUCCAAAGGGUUCCAUAUAGUCGGCUACUUCUCUAAGGAAAAGGAGUCAACUGAAGAUUAUAAUGUUGCCUGCAUCCUCACCUUGCCUCCCUACCAGCGGAGAGGUUAUGGGAAAUUGCUAAUUGAAUUCAGUUAUGAGCUUUCCAAAGUGGAGGGGAAGACGGGGACGCCUGAGAAGCCGCUGUCAGAUCUCGGCCUCUUGUCUUAUCGUUCCUACUGGUCCCAAACCAUUCUAGAAAUUCUCAUGGACCUCAAACCUGACAACGGAGAAAGGCCACAGAUUACUAUCAAUGAGAUCAGUGAGAUCACCAGUGUCAAGAAAGAGGACGUUAUUUCAACGCUUCAAUACCUCAACCUAAUCAACUAUUAUAAGGGUCAGUACAUCCUGACUCUCUCCGAGGAGAUCGUGGAGGGACACGAGAAGGCGAUGCAGAAGAGGCACCUUCGCAUCGAUCCCAAAUGCCUUCACUUCACUCCCAAGGACUGGAGCAAGAGAGGGAAGUGGUGAAGCCCCGGCCUCGUUUACCCGUUUAUCCUCUCCACAUCCAGAAAGCACACGCGAGCAGAUGUUGGAUCAGAUAAAGGUUUUUGGUCUUUAUCUCGUGCCCAGGGCUCCUCUUCAGAUAAACAGUGAACACUGAGUUGUUUCAGAUGCAUAAGCUUUUAUUGAGAACACUCAUUAUGUCAUGUGAAUUGAUAAAGUUGUCAAACUUGGGGGAGUUCCCAACAGUAACAGCCAAAAAAUAUCACACACUCUACUGUGUAAAAGAUGGUAUGACCAAAACGGUGCAUUAAAAGUGACAUAAACUGUUCAGUGGUGUAAUUAAAAACCUAAAACUGGAAACCAAGAAGCCUCUUAACAGGAUUUCUGUGGUUUACAGCUAAAGGUUUCUAAACUUUCCAGUACGCUUUUUUUUUUUUUUUUUUGGUCAGUCUGUUUUUGUGUCGUUGCUUUUGACAACAAAAAUUAAGAAAAAAUCUGUCUGCAUCUGUUACAUUUUCCAGGUGAGAGAUUUGACUUGAUUGGCUAACUUAAUUUUGACUAAAUCCACCCUGAGAUUUUCAUCUUAAGUCAUAGUAAACGACAACUCAUGAUGGAAACGUGACGCACCCACAGCUCGUAUUGACCAACGAACACGGGCUGCACUUCAGAAUGAAGUCAUGUCUUUUACAUGUCGAUCUUUGUAUGAAUUGUAAAGCUUCAAAGCCUCUUUCAGAAUAAAAGUGGUUGAAUUGUUUGCAAUAAGAGAUACGUUUUCAGAUGGGACGGACUUUCCUGCUUUUUCAAAUAGUCAAAACAAUAAAAAUCCAGUUCUCCUUUUAUAGUGCCUAAAUGUUAAGAACAGGUUUGGUCCAGUAGUUUCUUAUUGUUGAUGCUGCUUUUAGCAUCAGCUUAUUGAUGACAUACGGCUUACCUGUAAUCUUUACUUGGGAGGGGGGAAAAAAGCCAAACAUCAAGACUUACAUGCAAACAGUUGUUUAACAAGGAACAUGAACAAUGAAGUAUUUCCCCUACAUCGUCCUGCUUUGACUCUAUUUUUGAAAUGGCUAAAGCGCUUUAUCGCUCAUCAUUUUACCUCAUAACCAGUGACGAGAAUCCUUCACCCCGAGUCGAACCCGCGUUCCCUUUGACUGUACAUACUGAAGAUAGAAGCCAUGCUGAACUGUUAGAGGAAUGUAAAUAUAGUGUAUAGAAAAAAACCUUUUUUUUAAGCACACUGUUGUUUAACAGGCUGCACAAAAACCAACAAACACCUAAAAGUGGUAUCUGACCUUCUGUUUGUGUUUUUAUGUUUACAUGUAAAGAAAAUGGUGAAUUGCCCUGUUGAAAUAACUUGGUAUAUGUUAUGUGAAACACACUUGACUGUCAUUUGAACGUUUGAUAUGAAAAGCUUGUUGAAUUUAUAAAA